GCUGCCUCGGUGGUCACAGCCCGAACUAAACGCCGCUAGGUGGGGAGCGAUUCACUAUCUAGCGAGCAGAGUUCCAACACAGGCCAAGUCCGAGUCGAUCGUCGAUUUUCAUCAGUUUAUGUCCAACGUUACAGAUGAGUGGUCGUGUGAUACUGCGCUAAGUGCAACAACAGUUUUUUACGUAAAUUGCACACAAUUGCGCUUGAUGUUUCUUGACAGUUAGUGAAGCUGAGACAAGGCGAAGUUUGCAGGGCUUUGAGGGGGAGAGAGAGAGUUUAGAUUUUCGAUAGAAAAAGAGUCGAAAAUUUCGAAUUAGAAAUUCAACCUAGUCGUGACAACUCGAAGAACUGAGUGUUUUGGGGUAAAUUCUAGCCAAAGUUCCGGUUAUAAUCUCGACCGGGCAGCCGGAUAUAACAGCUUACAAGUGUCAGUCGUCAGCUGGUGGCCCAGCACUGGCCCUGCAUUGACGCACGCGCACUCCCCACCUGGCGACGAGAGAGGGGGAAGAACAGCUGAGAAGAGAUACAAACUCUAAACAGCAACUUGGACUUGUUAGUUUGCUCUGAACGUCGAAGCCGCGAACACGUCGACGAUGCUAAGCUUAGUCGAGUGCUGGUAGCUGAUGCACUUGAGAACUUGAAAGAUUUUCCAGAAUUUUCCGAGGGAUUUCCGUGAACGCGGAGUGACUGUUUCGUUGUUUUGGAUAUGGUGCCGCAAAACAUCAUGGACGCAUCCAGAUCUGACAGUCCUAGCCACAAACUUUUCGGUUCGCAAAUGGUAGAUAAAAACUCUUCGACACCCUACUCUGACGCCACUCAGACGAAAAAGAACAACCCCAACCACAUCAAGCGACCCAUGAACGCUUUCAUGGUGUGGUCGCAGAUCGAGCGCAGGAAAAUCUGCGAGGUCUCACCCGACAUGCACAACGCAGAGAUUUCAAAGAAGCUCGGCAGGCGCUGGAAGUGCCUCACCGACGAGGAACGUCAGCCCUACAUCGAAGAAGCCGAGCGACUCCGCCAGCUGCACCAAAAGGAGUACCCCGACUACAAAUACCGACCGAGAAAGAAGAGUACCAAGCCAGCCCCCAAGACCCCGCCGACGAAAAAGUCCAAAAAGUCCAACAAAGUAUCGAAGAACGAUACCAAUAACAAUGACACGGUGAAGGAGAAGAUCUUCGCCAGACGCAGCGCUGUUCCCGAGACCGUGGCCACGAAGCUGAAGUUCCGGCUUGGUGCCGAGACGACCACCGUAUCCAGGGUGCUCGAGACGCACGAAGUGCUGCGGCAAAGCGUACCCGUGCAGCUGCCUCCCAUCAGCUUCUCUGCCAAGGUCCCUUCCAGUCCCUCCUGCGAUACUCCGGACUCGCCCGAGAGUGCCACGAUCUACGACGACACCUGGGUGAACCAGUUCCACGGGUCCAUCGUCAAGGACGAGCCCGAGGACAGACUGUCGCACCACGUGCAGCUGGCCACCGCCACCUUGGACGACCUGGACAGGAUCGAUGACCUGCUGCCCAUGGAGGGCAUCAACCUGGAGGAGCUGGCCGAUAUUGACACGAACUUUGACACGGCGUCCAACAGCAGCGGGUCGCACCUGGACUUCGCCUGUCCGCGGGACAUACCGAUGUUUUCUAAUAUAGAGAACGCCUGGUGUGAGCUGCAGAAUGACGAGUUUAUGGUUUGUUGAAAGAGACUUUGAGACUGCGUUGGCGAGAUUUUCCUGGAUCGUGCGACCGAGCGCGAUUGUUGAGGGUUUUUUUGAGGGGUCGGCGAGGUGUGUACGCGAGGAGAGCGUUGGCGAACGAUGGGAUGACAUCGACAAUUUUUUAUAUUGUAUAUUGUAUAACGGAAUAUCCUUAACCCCGAUAAUGAUCUCAUUUUUUGCGUUUAUUAUUUUUGUAUUUAUCAAUGUACGACCUUCUACCGGGAUCUACGGUUCUUAGCGAUUCGGUCAUUUCGAGCUGUGCUGCAACUACUAGCGCCACCAAACUGAAGAGGAACUGAUGGUAUUAUCUAAAUCAGAGAAAAUGGAAUAUGAGUUCAGUGGGAAUCAAUACCCAUGAAACUGUUUCACAAGAAUACAUUUUGAGCCCAAAACCAAACAUCCUAGUUCGAUUGAGUGUACUCUGUCUUUGGUGACUUUGUCGUUAUCAAAGAAACAAAAUUGUUGAAAUAAACAACAUAUUUCUCAUUCGACAACAAAGUUAUCAAUGGUGGAUAUUCUCUGUACUAGUUAUUUGAUAUUGGAGUUUCUAGCGAUUUUUAUGAUAUCGAUACAGUUGAUGUAUGAAUGAAAAGUUCCGUAACCGUUUCUCUGGAUCAGUGAAUCUGAUCAAACAGUUUGAUAAUGAAGGUGCUUUGUUUUGGUGGUGCCGGGUUGUAUUUUUUGGAAUGAUUGAAAUAAAAUAGUGCCUAGCUCAGUACUUUUGUCGAUCCGGUAAAUUAUAACCGGGCGUUAGUUUUCGACAUUUUAAAAACUGUUGACCUCAUAUGUGAAAAUGGCAACAGAACACAAAAACAGGCUGUGAUUCAUCUGUUUGAUGACCAAUAUUUAGUUGUCAAAAAGUCCGUGUAGUCUAUAUAACGAUAUAUGAUUCUGCUGCUGAUGCUGCUUACUGUUUUCGGUCGGCAAUUAUUCCGAAUUUUUCAGCGGACCGGUUUGACGCACCCUGUCUAUUCAUUCGAAACGACGUCAAUUUUUCGUUUUCAGUUAUUUUCACGUGCGAAACUUUACAUGUUUGACAAUCCUACUGGAGAUUCGAAUUUCUAAACUAAACAAUAUCACUUGAUGACAACCACAUUGAUAAUCAUACUUUUAUCAUCAAAUAUUACAUGGUGUCACUAGAAUAUCCGAUCUCUUUGAAUAUCCUCACAAAGUUUUAACUUAUUUGUCACCAUUUUUUAUUUUCGAAAUUCGAAAUGUCAACACAAGAUUUGAUCAUACUUUUCGGCCUACCAAUGUCCAUUUGUGAGAUGGGAAUGGCACCUUGAAUAUUUUCACUGUUCGUCCAGAAAGGUACUUAAAAAAGGGAAUGGAAAUGGGAAAAUCGUAUUCUGGGACGUCGGUCGAGCACUCUUGAUUGAUCGUUGAUGGCGACCGAUAAGUCGAUAUUAUAAGUAGGCUAUUGAAAUGUUUGUGAGGCAGUCAAUUUGGAACUCCAGUUCAUUUGUGCACCACCAAAAAUCUUGAGGCGUCACGAAGGAGUCGGCGAUAGUUAUGUGCAGUCGUAUAUUUUCAUCACCCGAUAUAGAAUUCGGUCACUUAUUCAUUUCACAAUGCGAUAUCAAAUUGUUUCCAUGAAUACCGGGAUUUGUUGAGUUUCGCAUUGAGAUUUGGAUGAAAGUGUCAUAGCUUCGAUCAAAAACUCUUAUAUUCGGUUACUUAUGCCUACGGUUAAUUUUUUUGUCAAAGUCAACGCACAAACUUGUCAUAAUAACAAACUAAGAAAUAGCGUUAAAAUUUUCGAGAUAUUCAGUAUGAUAGAGUAGCAAGCAACAUCGAUAUUCUUGUAAUAAACAAAAAAUAUAUAUAUGAUAUUGGAGGGCGCUAUACCAGCGCCACCACGUGCUUUCAGUGUACUAGAAUAUAACUAUUACUAUUAGAUUGGACUGUCCGUAUUAUAUAAGAGUUUUAAAAAUUUUUGAAAUUUUAAGAGGCCUGCCUGUAAAGUAUGAAUAUAAAGUAGAGUUCGUAAACUGAUCGGAAUAACGAGUGAAUCGAUCAGAUGGGUCAUUUGUCAUGGCGACCAGUUUAUAAUAUAUAUAAAUAUAUAUCGGUGUAUUUUUGUACCCAAUAACGAUUUUUUUAGCCGCGAGACGGUUGCAGUCUUUUUCAAAACGUACCGUUUGACUGAUUUAGAUGUAGGGUUAGAGAAAACUAUGCUUACUGUCUCUUACUAUGCGCGCGAUAAUGUUUUGUUCUACAAACCGCACGAUAUCGUUUUGGAAUCAAGAUCUUUCGACUGAUCUCUCGCAACAUUGUAAAUAAACUGUAAAAAUUGCUCAUGUAAAAAUAUUGUUUUUGUUGAAAGUACUGUUUAUUACGAUUCAUCCCGAAAAUCCCUGACCAUUCUCCACCUAAACGAGUAAUAAAAAACCCAAGGGAUGGUGUCAAAGAACGCCUCGUAUGAUAUUUUUUUGAUUAAAGUACGUGUUCGUGGACAAUUUUCAGAGCUUAUUUGGGAUAAUCGUUGUUUAUGCAAUCAUUUGCAAUAAUUAUUAUUAGAUCGCUGGAAGAAUUUGAAUUGUUGCAUUCGACUUGGAAAUUUUUAGAAUACCCUAAUUCAAGUUUUUGCAGCGAUAAUUUCAUAGGCGUGCCAGGGAACUUUCGUCUAAGGGUGAUGUCUGUGUAUUUUUUACUUGAAAUUUGGAUGGUGUAAUUUUUCUGUUGAGAUGUGCAAAUUUCUGGAAAAAAAUCACGAUUGUUUUCUAGGGAAUGUCCACUAUCUAAGUUGGAUCUCUCUGUACGUCUAUGGAAAUGUUUUGUAUAAAAAAACUCCGUUAAUUUGUCGCACUGUUGACUUUUUAUUCUGGCGGACGAUUUGAGAGAUUAAAGUUAGUAAUAUUUUUGCAUAAUAUUACCUAUGUGUAUCAUAGUACCCAGCAUUUUUGAAGUCCCCCUCAUGUAUUAUAUUCAUAUUACUAUAUUGAAGUUUAUUAUAUAGUGUGUAAAUUUUGUAUUGUAGUUGCUGUUGAAUAUAUUAUUAUAUGGC